AAUUCGAUGGCCCAUUACGUAUCAAAUUGGAAUAAUAGUGUAAUUAUCAAAAGGGUAAAUGUAGGAGAGGAUCAUGUUAACUUUAUCCAUCAAUUACAUAUGUGCAAAAGCAGAUUUCAAGUUGACCAGCUUCACAAUCUAGAUUCUCCGGAAAUAUAUUCCGAUGAGGAUAUUAUAAGACGAGAAACUUCUUGUAAUUGUAAUAUAAAUGGAUUGCCUACUACAUUUAUAGAAUACAAGAAACUUCUAGGACAUGAUGUAUUUGAUAAGGAUUUCCGUAUUUCAAUAUCUUCAUCCCUGCUAAGACCAAAUGAUAUUAACUCAUUACAUCGUUCAUACUCAGAGAACGAACUUAGUCGUGUUGAUUUCGAGUUUCAAGAGGCUGUAUAUCCAAUCAGAGUUUCUAUACAUGAAGGACUGAAUCCUGUUGAAGUAAUGGAAAUUUGGGCGCGAGAUUCUGAUCAGUGGUUUUUAUUAUGGACUGGAAAAAAACAAUUUCUCCGCUGCGAAUCAGGACUGUUUUCCCCGCCUAUACGGACUUGUAAUUUUAAAACUAAAAUGCUCAGAUUAAUAUUUCCGUAUAAAGGUAAGGGAAUACCAAUAGAUGCUGUAGACCUCAUCGGAACAUCGGAAUUAAUUCAACCUAAAGAUCGUAAACAGAGUUUAACUGAUCUAUUAAAAGGUAUUAAUCGCAGCUAUCCUGGCUGUAAGGAUAUGCACAAUUUAACACCAGAUUACAAAAAUGUGAAUCUGGAUAUAUAUCAACUUAUGGAAAAAUUUUCCGACUAUUGUAUUAUUCGUAAAAGCAAUUUACAUUUAAAUAAUGGAAAAUUGAAAGGCAUCACACCCUCUCCAAGUGAAUUCAAGGAGCAACCACGUUGUAAUUUUUCUAUGCUUCCUGAUGAGAUGAUACUAAAAAUACUGGAAUACUUAGAUUUAAGGUCAUUGUGCCUUAUGAGCCAAACGAAUAAACGCUUCAAUCGAUCAACACGAGAUCCUUUGCUUUUUCAAUAUUUAAAUAUACAAGAUUUGCACAUGUGUAAGAAGUCUACCGAUGAUCCUGUUAGUGAUUUGCAGUGUAAAAUUCUAUCUAGCUUGGAAUCCAGAUGUAAAAACUUAAAACAGUUGGAUCUUGUAUCAUGCGACAUUUCUAGCACACGUUUCGUAACAUUUCUUAAAACUUGUGGCUCGAAUUUAAGGUCCCUACGAUUAAUUUUUUGCUUAAUUAACAACGAUGUUCUACGUGAAAUUGUAGAAACAUGUAAAAAUUUGACAGUGUUAAAUUUGACUGGGGAUUAUAUGCGUUUUAAUGAAAACUUUUCGGAAGGACUGUUGAACCUCCAACACUUACAAUACCUAGAACGAUUAACCUUAAGAGACUUGCCAAUUAGUGAUAUUGAAAUCUAUUGUAAAAUACUGCAAGGAAAGCACCGAUUGCGUUAUUUAGCGUUGAGGACAUGGCAGUUUUGUAUGGUAGCAGAUCUAGCUGAAGUUACAAUAAUAAUGUUCCAAGAGAAAGAAUUGUUUUCAAACUUGGAAACAAUAAAGUUAUCAGACUGGGCUAUUGAUUCACGAUGUAUAGCUGCCCUCGCUGAGUCCAAGAAUUUACGAAUGCUGAGCGUUAUAACGAGCGACAAAAAUGCACUCGGUAGGGAUAGCUGGUGUAGACUAUUUUCUUUCUGUCAACGUCUGGGAAUAGUGUUUAUGCCGGAUCUCAAUGAUGAUGAAGCACUAACUCUACGUAGAAACCUAAAAGAACGGUUUUGGAGAAUAUCUAAGAUUGUGGAAAAAGUAGCAUUUUACGGGUGGGAUCGUGACUUUCAAAUCCAUGUUUUGGAAAGUUAUUCCCUUGUUAACAAAUUGCGGGGAAAAUAUCCACAUGUAUCCAUCUGUUCAUGUUACAGUAAUAAUGUCUGGUGCAAAUGUCUACAUUUCUAGUAAGAUCUUACCAGGGUUGGGAAGUAACUUGUUACUUGUAACGAAGUUACAGUUACAGUUACUUCU